AGUAUCUGCCAUCGAUGCAGUCCGAUCUAUGCCGAUGAAUGAUUGGGCGUUAGUUUCCACGAAGCAACGCCCAGACGCACACACACGGUUCGAACGGUGCACACCUUGGAGUGAAGUGUCCGCUGCAACAAUGUCUCAACUUCCCGUGUUUAAUCCGCCAACUCCCUUCCUGGCCCAUAUGCCAGCGGGGCUGGGAAUCUAUAGGAAAAUUACCAUUCGUGGCAAAAUGACUCAUGACCAGUUCAACAUCAACCUGCAGACCGGACCCAACACGAACCCCCGCGACGACACGGCGCUGCACAUCAGCAUUCGACCCCGCGACGGCGUUAUCAUCCGCAAUUCCAUCCAGUUCCGCAGCUGGGGCAUCGAGGAACGCUUCGGCGGCUGUCCGGUGCAGAAGAGGUCCUACUUCGACGUGACCAUCACGGUGAAACCGGACAGCUUUGGCAUUGCGGUCAACGGGGCACACUACUGUGACUUUAACCAUCGUCUGCCGUACGCUUCGAUUCGCUUCAUUCACAUUGGCGAAGGCGCAAACGUUGAUGCCAUCACGUCCGAGUAGGGAGCACCAUCGGUCGCGUGCUCCGUACCAACAUAGCGUUUAAGGUUGUGCUGCUAAAUAAACCAUGUCACUCGACGA